AUGGAUCCGUAUUUCGAGUUGAUUCAUAUUUCAUCUAAAACUUUAGAUGAAACUCCUCAAAAUUCUCGCUUCGACGCCUCGGAUAUUUUGAAAAAAAGAUAUCUCGAUGUCACUACGGAAUGCCUUGGACUUGGCAAUUCUCUCUGCCAUUCACGAUUCGGCAACGUUUUUCAGCUGAUGUGCAAACAAGUCAACGAAUCUUGUGUUAAUCCUCGCGCCGUAGAAAUCAUUCGCCCAAUAGCCAGUGUUCUUCCGAUGGUUGGCAGCCUUUACAUUGAAAGCUCAGAAAAAGUCGAUUUGAUUCCGUGGCAUCAAAUUGGCGGGUUUUUUGUCGAGUUUACAACUGCGCCAUUGACUGGAAUCAUCAUUCCAAAAAAGAUUCAUGUUUGGAUUCAGCUUAUUGACGGAAGUUGGGACUUGAUUGACAUGUGCGACAAUUCACUGGGAAAUCCGUUUACAGUUUUGAAGGCGGCUUGUUCUGUUGGGCCGCGAAUAGCUUGUCCUUGGCCUACACGAGCAGAUCCUCUUGGAGAAGAAAAAGCAUCAUUGCUUCUAUUGAUGGGUUUUUUGCCUAGUCCAACACCACCCAAAUUUUGUGAAAGAUUACGACAACUACUUACUCAGAUGGACUCUCGUUUUCUUUUCGAUCGUGCCCCGACUGAUUUAUCUCGACAUCAGAGUGUUUGCAUUGAUCGACAACUUGAGACCUUUUUGUGGCGAGCGAUCCAGCUUUCGAGUAAAAAGACAACACCUCGAUCGGAAGUGCUCGAUUCAUGCGCUCGUCUAAUGAACUGUAACGAUCGAUUAGAGGGUUUUGACAAAUUUAUGAUUGGAAUUCGUUUGCGCUUGAACGAUUGCAAGCCAAAGUGCAUUACUACAAUUACCGCGCUCAAUCCGAUUGUCGAUCCAACAGAUGCUUACAUCAAACACAUAAUCAAACAAACAUUUACGGAAAAUGGCUUUCUGAUGGGCUUGACUCAAAUUGAUAUGGAAAAUCGGUGCAGGCUGGGCGGCGUAGACGAAUUCACUCUUGAGUGUAUCGAGUGGAGGAUGAACAAGGGCACUAAAAAAAUUGUAGUCAAACCAGACGCUCCAGGGAAAAAAUCUCCAGUUACUAGCGAAACACCGACUACUGAGCCAAUCCAGACCGCUGCCGAAUCUGACAACACUUGGUCGAUAAUCAUCUGCGUUUGUGUUGUUCUUUUUGUGCUCUUUUAUUGCAUGAAAGAGUUUCCGCAAGUUUGGAGAAAGAGAAUUUGCAACUUUUGCGCAAAGCAUAAAAACGGAAUCGGCAACUACUUGAACUGUUUUUGCGAAGUUUGCUGCAAAAAGGAGCCAAACGAAGGCGAAGAUUUGUACUUGUUUCAUCGCGAGGGCAGUCUCUAUUCUUACAAAGCCGAAUCAAAGAAAAAGAAAGAGAACAAAAAUAUUGUGAGAACUGAGGAAGAGAAGGACCCCCUGUUGCCAGCGCCGAAACAAGUAAAUGGGGUGCAAUUUCGCGACAACCCACAUCACGCCGCAGUUCAACAAGUUGAUGAGCGUCUCGUUCCAGAGCCUGUUUAUGAAGAUCCCGCCGAGAUACGAGGAAAUCCGUUUUACGAAGGAGGGAUAGAAGAACAAGUUCCUGUCGAGGCGAAAGUGACUAUCCAGCAGCCUGCUUCUUUUCCUCCACCGCCGCCGCCACCAUCGGAAGUUACAACAACAAUUCCGCGAAGUCCAUCUGGUCCCGCCAUCGUCAACUAUUUUUCUUCUACUCGCUUGGAGGAUGUACCGCUCUCGCCAAUUCCCAAAUUGUCAUUUUCCGAUGUUGAUUUAACUCGCCCGGAUAUUGUGACUGCACACGAGAGCCCAAAAAAGGCGCUAAAGAAAAUCAACGGUUUGUUGAUUACUCCACACACCAAAAAAAUGCUCAGAUGCUUGCAUUUGGUGAACGAAUUGAAAGAAGCGGGCGAGACAAGCAAGCUCAAGAAUCUGUCGAGCCAAGACUUGGAAGAGACUAUCUCGCCUUUGGAUAUGGCGAUUGAUGGAGAACAAGAGAAUGACGAGGCUCAUCCGGAUGAAGUCGCAGAUGCUACGGCGCAGACUGUGAUCGAGAUAGAGAGCGCCGCCGCCGCCAUCGUCGAACAACCGGAGGAGGAGGAGGUUCAACAGGAUAACACCCCAAAUCCUGAUAGCGCCGAAGUCGUCACCAGCAACGAAGUGGGCAAUAAAAAGGGGCAACGUCGACCAGCUCGAGAUCAAACUUCCACGAGACGAGUUUUGCCUGAUAGAGCUGCGAAAAAAAAAUAA